CACAUCCCGCUGCAGGGGCCGGCGGAGCAGCCGCACUGCCUCCCGCACCCGGACUCAGGCCAGCGGCCAGGCCGCGCCGGCACCGCCCCCUGCUCGAGGACAGACUACGCGGCCCGUCCGAGCUCUGGGGGCCCCGCAGCCCCGCGGCCGGCUCCCGCUACGCCUCCGCUCGCCCUCUGUCCGCAGCUCGGUCCCGCGCUGCCCCCCGCGCUGGGCCCGCGCCGGGAUGGGGUAGGGGCAGCGCCACGGAGUCGGGCGAUGGGCCGCCCUCUGGGCACCGAGCAGCCCCCCGAGGCCUGACCGAUCGCGAGGACCGGCGGAGGAGCCCCGCCUGGAUGUCAAGCGGAUGCCCCAGUGCCUCCCAGCGGACUCGGUGGGGACCAUGGCUUCGCUGAUGCCCCUCUCCCCAUAUUUAAGCCCCACGGUCCUCCUGCUGGUCAGUUGUGACCUGGGCUUUGUGCGAGCAGACCGGCCUCCCUCUCCUGUGAAUGUGACAGUCACUCACCUCAGAGCCAACUCGGCCACUGUGUCCUGGGACGUCCCAGAAGGCAACAUCGUCAUUGGCUACUCCAUUUCCCAGCAAAGACAGAAUGGCCCUGGACAGCGUGUGAUCCGGGAGGUGAACACCACCACUCGGGCCUGUGCCCUCUGGGGCCUGGCUGAAGACAGUGACUACACAGUGCAGGUCAGGAGCAUCGGCCUGCGGGGAGAGAGCCCCCCAGGGCCUCGGGUGCACUUCCGAACUCUCAAGGGUUCUGACCGGCUACCCUCAAACAGCUCAAGCCCAGGUGACAUCACAGUGGAGGGUCUGGAUGGAGAGCGACCGCUGCAGACAGGGGAAGUGGUCAUCAUUGGGGUGGUGUUGCUCAUGUGGGCUGCUGUAAUUGGGCUAUUCUGCCGCCAGUAUGAUAUCAUCAAGGAUAAUGACUCCAACAACAACCCCAAGGAGAAGGGGAAGGGGCCGGAACAGAGUCCUCAGGGAAGGCCAGUGGGGACAAGACAGAAAAAGUCCCCAUCCAUCAACACCAUCGAUGUAUGAAUGAAGAAACAGAACCAGAAAACAGAUGCACUAGCAACCUG